AAGUCAGAUACAGGUAGGCUUGUCCGCUUUCCUCCCUCUUUCCUAACCACCUCAAGAUUUCUAACUAUUUCUUGCCAUCUCCUGUAGGCGAUCUAUUUGCAUUUGGAGAUCUGACUGCUUCGAAGUGAUGGGGCUCCAAUUCUCGAGGCUCUUCAGUCGCCUCUUUGCGAAGAAGGAGAUGAGGAUCCUCAUGGUUGGUCUUGACGCGGCCGGUAAAACUACCAUUCUUUACAAGCUUAAGCUUGGAGAGAUCGUUACCACCAUUCCCACCAUUGGUUUCAACGUUGAGACAGUGGAAUACAAAAACAUCAGCUUCACUGUUUGGGAUGUGGGUGGUCAGGAUAAGAUCAGACCAUUGUGGAGGCACUACUUCCAAAAUACACAGGGUCUUAUCUUUGUUGUCGACAGCAAUGAUAGAGACCGUGUAGUUGAGGCAAGGGAUGAGCUCCACCGGAUGCUAAAUGAGGAUGAACUACGAGAAGCUGUGUUGCUUGUUUUUGCCAAUAAGCAAGAUCUGCCCAAUGCAAUGAAUGCUGCUGAAAUUACUGAUAAGCUUGGUCUGCAUUCCCUACGUCAGCGACACUGGUACAUUCAGAGCACCUGUGCUACUUCUGGUGAGGGAUUGUAUGAAGGACUGGAUUGGCUGUCAAGCAACAUUGCCAGCAAGGCCUGAUCUUUCACUUCUGGUGGAGAAUUUGGGAAUUAUAUUGCCAACUCGCUCUAACAUGCAUGUGAUUGCUGGCUCUGUUCCUUCUUCACACAGUUGCUGUUUUCAUGAAUAGUUCUCUCUCUCUCUCCCCCUCCCCUCCUCCCCUCCUCCCCUCUCCGCAGUUUCAUUGCAUUUGUUUCAGCUCUAUUCUUUUUGUAUCUCAAACAGAUUAAUGGUCAUAUUUUGUAGAACUCUGAAAUUGUUAUAAAUUUUCAAAUAUAGUUCCUACAUGAUUUCUUA